AUGCUCGACUGCGCGCGGCUGGCGCUGCUGUGCGCGCUGCCCGGGCUCCUGCUGGCGGUGGCGCCCGGGCAGCCCGCGCAACCCCCUGCGCAGUCCCUCGCGCCCCGCCGCGCCCGGGGAGACCCAGCCAGGGGCGCCGACUUCGACCGCGUCUACAGCGGAGUGGUGAGCCUCAGCACCGAGAACAUCUACUCCUUCAACUACACCAGCCAGCCCGGCCAGGUGAACGCAGUGCGGGUAUAUGUGAACAGUUCCUCUGAGAACCUCGAUUUCCCAGUCCUCGUUGUGGUUCGCCAGCAGAAAGCGGUGCUGUCCUGGCAGGUUCCUCUGCUCUUCCAAGGAUUAAACCAGAGGAGUUACAGCUACCAGGAAGUGAGCCGCACCUUGUGUCCCUCAGAAGCAACCAAUGAAACAGGACCUUUGGAGCAGCUGAUAUUUGUAGAUGUAGCAUCCAUGGCACCACAGGGUGCCCAGUACAAACUGCUGGUCACCAAGAUCAAGCACUUUCAGCUCCGGACGAAUGUUGCCUUUCAUUUUGCUGCCAGCCCUUCUCAACCUCAGUAUUUUCUGUAUAAAUUUCCCAAAGACGUGGACUCCGUUAUCAUUAAAGUGGUAUCUGAAAUGGCUUACCCCUGUUCCAUUGUCUCCGUCCAGAAUAUCAUGUGUCCAGUGUAUGAUCUUGACGACAAUGUGGAAUUUAAUGGUGUCUAUCAAUCCAUGACCAAGAAAGCUGCCAUCACACUACAGAAGAAGCAUUUUCCAGGCGAGCAAUUCUUCGUGGUGUUUGUGAUAAAGCCUGAAGACUAUGCCUGUGGAGGAUCUUUCUUCAUCCAGGAAAAGGAGAACCAGACCUGGAAUCUGCACAGAACAAAGAACCUUAAAGUAACCAUUGUUCCUUCCAUUAAAGGAUCCGUUUAUAAGGAAUCCAUUCUUCUCAGUUUCUUCAUCUUCUUCUUAUUCUACUUGGGAAGCCUGCUUGUUGGAUUUGUCCAUUAUGUCAGGUUUCAGAGAAGACCCAUUGAUGGAGGCUUUGGUUCCCGUGAUGGUUCCGGGAAUAUGGCAGCGUCACAUCCCAUUGCUGCCACCACACCUGAAGGGAGCAACUAUGGAGCAAUAGAUGAGUCAAGCUCCAGUCCCGGCAGGCAGAUGUCCUCCUCAGAUGGUGGGCGCCCAUGCCAGUCAGACACGGACAGCUCCGUGGAGGAGAGUGAUUUCGACACCAUGCCAGAUAUUGAGAGUGAUAAAAACAUCAUCCGGACCAAGGUGUUCCUCUACCUGUCAGAUCUGUCCAGGAAGGACCGGAGAAUUGUCAGCAAGAAAUACAACAUUUAUUAUUGGAACAUCACCACAAUCGCUGUGUUUUAUGCGCUGCCUGUGGUCCAGCUGGUCAUCACCUACCAGAUAGUGGUAAAUGUCACUGGCAACCAGGACAUCUGCUAUUACAACUUCCUAUGUGCUCACCCCUUGGGCGUCCUGAGUGCCUUCAACAACAUUCUCAGUAACCUGGGCCACGUGCUUCUGGGCAUCCUCUUCCUGCUGAUAGUUUUCCGGCGGGACAUCCUUCACCAAAGAGCCCUAGAAGCCAAGGACAUCUUUGCAAUGGAGUACGGGAUCCCCAAACACUUUGGCCUCUUCUAUGCCAUGGGCAUCGCCUUGAUGAUGGAAGGGGUACUCAGUGCUUGUUACCAUGUCUGCCCUAAUUACUCCAACUUCCAAUUCGACACCUCCUUCAUGUACAUAAUUGCUGGUCUCUGCAUGCUGAAGCUCUACCAGAAACGCCACCCAGAUAUCAACGCCAGUGCCUACUCUGCCUACGCGUCCUUUGCCGCGGUCAUCAUGCUCACCGUCCUUGGAGUGGUUUUGGGGGAAAAUGACGUGUGGUUCUGGGUCAUCUUCUCUGCAAUCCAUGUUCUGGCUUCUCUGGCCCUCAGCACCCAGAUCUACUACAUGGGUCGUUUCAAGAUAGAUGUGUCUGACACAGCAGAUUUGGGGAUCUUCCGGCGGGCCGCUAUGGUGGUGUACACGGACUGCAUCCGGCAGUGUAGCUGGCCUCUGUACAAGGACAGAAUGCUGCUGCUCAUUGCUGGGAACCUGAUUAACUGGUCCAUUGCCCUCUUUGGACUGAUAUAUCGACCCAGGGACUUUGCUUCCUACGUGCUGGUCAUCUUUAUCGGUAACUUGCUGCUGUACCUGGCCUUCUACAUCAUCAUGAAGGUAAGAGUGGGCGCUAGGAGUGGGCAGUGCCUCCAGCCCUUCACCAGCUGGCCAGGUGAGCUUUGCCAGCGACCACCUCUCACCCCACAGAUUCUCAGCUCAGAGAAGGUCCUUCCAGUCCCAUUCUUCUGCAUCAUUGCCACUGUCGUGAUGUGGGCUGCCGCCCUGUACUUUUUCUUCCAGAAUCUCAGCAGCUGGGAGGGAAGCCCAGCGGAAUCCCGGGAGAAGAACCGAGAGUGUGUCCUGCUGGACUUCUUUGACGACCAUGACCUCUGGCACUUCCUCUCUGCUAUUGCCCUGUUUUUCUCAUUCUUGGUUUUGUUAACUCUGGACGACGACCGGGACAUGGUUCGGAGGGACCAGAUCCCUGUCUUCUGAGCCUCCAGCAUUAAGAGGGUGAGAGGGAGCCAGCACUCUUGGUGCUGUUUUGUGAAACAUACAGGGACUGCAGCCAAGUGACCACUGCCCACUGUUCCACUCGCCCCCUUAGAGUUGAAUCUGCUUAUAUCCACACAGGAAGAAGAGGACCUGGGGGGGACCCUCAAAUCUGCCAGAGGCAGGACAGAAGGGAAACCCCAGCAUUGGACAGAGACAAGCCCGGAAGAGCCAAGAAACAUCCCAUCCCCUUUUGUCACCAGCUCUGAGUUAGAGAUGGACAAAAGCUGCACCAAAGUCAACUCUCUCUUAGGACCCCUCCCACCCUCACCUCGGAUUUGCCAGAUUUGGUGGAAUGAUUGUGGGCUGCCUCUGUGCCCAGAAAGGCCAGCCACUCAGAGUUCCUGCCGAGACGCACUGGCUUGCCCCCUUGGCAUUUCUGCAACAGCUGCUGCUCUAGACACCCCAAAGCAGGAGUCCAGGGAGGUGGGAUUCCUCAGAGGGUGGUAGAGAGAUGACCCAAGACCCUACCCAACUGAGGUAGAUGUUCCACCCUUACCAGCUGGUGGCCCCCUUCAAAGGAGAACUGUAUGUUUCACCCAGGUUCUUGACCCCAUUAGAAGGACACAGGAUUGGGCUUUGUCACAUGCUCCUCUUAAGAGGUCACUGGGACCAAAGGCUUGGGUGCUUACUGGUUCCUCAGUGUCUCCACCUCACUGCUGUGUGUCGACCCCAUAACUCAGGCUCUACCUUCUUGGGAAGGCCCUGUUCCUACGCAGCUUCUGGCCAACUCCAAGGUGGAAGGGAAAAUGGGAAAAUCACUUCUAGCAGCAGGAGGAACCAGAGAAAAAUGGCCAACAGUACUAAGAGCCUGGUAAUAUCAGCAUCGAGCAAACAGGCCACCCAUAAGGACUUGCGAUCCUGGAGCAAAUUCAGCAAAGGAAAACGUGCUUACUGAACCUUCCAAUUCAUACAGCUCAAUUCUGCGCCCACAUCACCUAGGGCCCUCUAGAACUGAGCCCCUUAUCUGUCAUUUUGUGCAUAUCAGGGGCUCUGGGGGUUUCUCCCUGAAGUUCUCAGAAGUGACUCUCAGGAUGACCGCCUCUGCUCUUCUCUGGUUGCCAAGAGCACAGCUGAGUUAGAGCCGUCUCUUGGUUGCGCCUGAUACUCAUUCUCCCCAGUGAGGUGUUGAGAAGCUCAGCACCCCAGUUUCACCCUCAUGCUGCCUGACAGCUCUGCCGCUAGGAAGCCCCAUUCUUACAAGCUCCCUUGUUGCUGGAACAUGGCGUAAUUAAAAAUACAUGUGCACAGGUACACACACAGACAUGUUUGCUUGAAAAACCGAAGUCACCUGUCACUUCUGCUUUCCCUCCUGAAUCAGGCACUGUUUUUAAAAAUUAUUAUCUUUCUCUAGAAUAUUUGCAUGAUGUUCAAAAACACAGUUUGAAAGUUUGAAUCUCAAGUUUUUCCUGAUUUUAAAAACACAGAGAUGCUUCCAGUGAAAUACUCUGUGGUUUUGUUUUUUGUUUUUCCUAAAAUGCCCCAAGUUUGUAAUUGGUCUUAUGUUAUUCUUUCUUCCUUACACCACUAAGCCAUUUGAAGGCCAACUAUUAAAUAGUCGGGUUAAUUGAACAUCUAAAAAAAUUCCAAGCCUGACUUGAUUUCAUUCUUUGGAUUUAAAUGAACUAAUGGUUUCAAAAGGAGCCCUGGUGGCACAGUGGUUAAAGCACUCUUCUGCUAACUGAAAGUUGGCAGUUCAAACUCACCAGCUGCUCUGCAGGAAAAAGAUGUGGCAGUCUGCUUCCAUAAAGAAUUACAGCCUUGGAAACCCUAUGGGGAGUUCUACCCUGUCCUAUAGGUCAGAAUCGACUCAACAGCACUGGGUUGCUUGGUUUGGGGAAUGGUUUCAAAUCCAAAAAAAGACCCACUAAGAAAAUGUGAGCAACAGAGUCUACCCAGCUAGCCUUGGGGCCAGAAGUGAGUAAAUUGUACGAUGCCUUACCUGUUCGCUAGCUUGUUGGGGAAAUAUGUCCAUGGACUGGGCAGUGUCCUGUAAAAAUGGAUAGAUCACGACACUAUAUUCUUAACCAUUUUCUGGUAACGUCUGUCUUGUGCUAUAAAGUCACACAUUAUGGUCAGUUUUGUUCUCUGCAUGAGGACCAAAAACCCUGAACAAGCUUACUCUUAUAAAGACUACUUCUAAAA